AUGCGCCCUACUUAUCAGCUGACUAUGACUGUGUGAAAAAUACCAACGAACACGGUUCUUCAACGUUCAUUGUUGGAAGAACGUCGAAGCGAGAGUAUUCACGUUUCCUUCCUUUGCACAAGCACAUUAUUUGAUCAGAAAACAUGUUAUUCUUUGGAAUAUUAUCCAUUCUUCUGGCAGUUGCUGCUGCUGAAGAUACAUGCUAUGAUGAUUCACUAGCAGUAUGUGACCCAAUACCAAAAGAUGGAAAAUCAAUGUUAAACUGUAAUGCAAAAUAUGGACAUAUUGAAAGACAUCCUCUGAUUGAUCUUCAAUCAUAUGCAAAUGCUAAUCUUAGAGUUAGUUUUGAAUUUCUGCUAAUGUCUAGUUAUUUUGGAAAUUAUGAAGAUCAACGUUAUGGAUUUAAGAAAUUAUAUCGUAAAUUUUCUGAUGAAUUGUGGGAGGAUGCAAUUAACAUAAUCAAAUAUGUUACCAAACGAGGUGACACAGUGGACUUCAAUCAACCACCACACUUAAUGGAACCUACUUACGAACGAAAAGUAACAUAUGAAUUGAAUGAACUUCACAGUUUAGCCAAAGCACUUGAUAGACAAAAGGAGCUUGCAAAUAAAGCCUUGAAUAUACAUCAUGACAUUACAAAGAAUGAUAAGAUAAACGAUGCUGGUGUUGCUCAUUAUGUUGAAGAGAGAUUCAUAGAACCACAGGCUGAUCGUGUACGAGAUUUAGCCGGCUAUAUAAAUGAUUUGAAGAAUUUAUUAACUGGAAAUGAUCAUUCUGUAGCUCUAUUUUUGUUUGAUGAAUAUCUUAAGAAUAGUUUGUAACUUGUUUACAACUAAAGUUAAAAAAACACAAAUCAGAAUUUCAUAUCUACUAUAUUUUAAAAAUUCCCUAUAUGAAUAAGUUAUCCAUAACAAAAUAUUUUACAUUUUUCAGUUAUGCAGAAUUCUACAUUUAGAAUUAAUAAAUAUAUAUGGUGUUAUUUUUUGACACAUUUCAUCUAAUAAAGUGUAUACUUCAUAAA